AUGGACGACGAUCAGCAGUUCUGCCUGCGCUGGAACAACCACCAGAGCACGCUGAUCAGCGUAUUCGACACGCUGCUGGAAAACGAGACCCUAGUCGACUGCACUCUCGCCGCCGAGGGCAAGUUCCUCAAGGCCCACAAGGUGGUUCUGUCCGCCUGCAGUCCCUACUUUGCUACCUUACUCCAAGAACAGUAUGACAAGCACCCGAUCUUCAUACUCAAGGAUGUCAAGUACCAGGAGCUCCGCGCCAUGAUGGACUACAUGUACCGCGGCGAGGUCAACAUCUCACAGGACCAGCUUGCCGCUCUUCUCAAGGCGGCCGAGUCGCUGCAGAUCAAGGGUCUGUCCGACAACCGCACCGGCGGUGGCAGCUCUGCGGCCGCCCCCAAGCCAGAGUCCUCUCAGCAUCAUCGCGGUGGCAAGAUGAGCGGCGCCUACACACUGGAACAGACAAAGCGCGCUCGCCUGGCCACCGGCGGGGCAAUGGACACCUCUGGGGAUGUGUCCGGAUCGCGCGAGGGCUCGUCUAGUCCGUCGCGCCGUCGCCGAAAAGUCAGACGUCGCAGCCUGGAGAACGAUGUCCACGACAACUCCAACUCGUCUGUUCUGCAGGCCGCCGCCUCGAAUCAGUCUAUCCUCCAACAGACAAGCGCAGGCCUCGCCGUCUCCGCCCUGGUCAGCACCCAGCUGUCCGGCGGCGGCAGCAACGUGGCCGGCACCAGCCAAGUCCCGACCCAGCAGCAGCCAUUGACCAGCACCAACGUUACCAAAAAGACUGAAAGCGCUAAACUAACAUCAUCGACAGCCGCCCCAGCUCACGCCGCCACUGCGACAGCAGCCGGCCAGCAGCAACAACAACUGCUGCAGCAGCAGACCAGCGAUGCCAUCAACACCGAGAACGUACAACCACAGAGCCAAGGCGCCCAAGGCGACGUCGGUGGUGCCGAUGAUAUGGAGGAGGCGAGCGCAGCUGCCGGGGGAGUCACUCCGGCGGCUUCAGGCGCUGGUGCGUCCGCUGGAGCCGUGCACACUGGUGUCGUGGUCAAGCAACUGACAGCCGUCGUCGAUAAGUCAUCGUCCAAUCACAAACAGAAGGUCAAGGACAACAGCGUGUCGUCCGUGGGCUCAGAAAUGGUUAUCGAACCCAAGGCCGAAUACGAUGACGAUACGCAUGACGAGAAUGUUGAGGACUUGACACUGGACGAGGAGGAUAUGACAAUGGAGGAGCUGGACCAGACGGCCGGCACCAGCCAGGGUGGCGAAGGAUCUAGUCAAACAUAUGCAACAUGGCAACACGACAGAUCUCAGGACGAACUCGGACUUAUGGCACAGGAUGCACAGCAACGGGAUCCACAAGAUCUGAGUAUUACGCGCAUUGCGGGACUCACCUGGAACGAGUGGAACGCUCGGCUGGCAAUGCCCCUGGUCACCCUACGCGAAGGCGUGCAGCCCCUGGUCUUUCCCACAGACCUCUCUGUCGAGAAGCAAUCCCAGAGCCUGGUCCUCAAGGAGCCGCUCGGUGAUCGAAAUACGCCCACAGAUUGUGUGCCCAAGAGCGAGCCCAGUGCCGCCUCUACGCCGCGUAACCACAGCGGUCACAGCAGCGGAAAGCCCCACAAGACCAGCGGUGGUGGGAAGCUCAAGCACCUCACCGAGGAGGAAGCCACCUCCCUGAUGCUAAAGGCAGUGGCCGAGAAGCAAGCGGCUGCGGCGGCGGCAGCGGCGGGAGCCAACACCAGUGCCGAGCUGAGCUACGGCGAUGAUCAGGCCAGCUCCGGGAAUGGCAACAGCAGCGACUACCAGGCCAACCUCAGUGGAGGCGUGACCUUUGCGGAUGUUGGCGGCCCAGCUGGACUUUGCCAUAUCAACAUCCUGAACAGCAUCAGCGCCAUGAACAAUCUGAUUAGCGGCAGCACGGCAGGGACCGGUGGCGGAUCGGUGGUCGGACUAGCUGGGUCCGGAUCGAGCGCGACCCCAUCCAACGGCAAUAACAACGGAUCACUGGGCGGAACCGACAAUGGUGCUGGACACCCAUGCCCAGUCUGCGGCCGUGUCUACAAGCUGAAGUCCUCGCUGCGGAACCACCAGAAAUGGGAGUGCGGCAAGGAACCGCAGUUCCAGUGUCCCUUCUGCGUGUACCGGGCCAAGCAGAAGAUGCACAUAGGUCGCCACAUGGAGCGCAUGCACAAGGAGAAAUUCAAGCUGGAGGAUGUGAAAAGCUUCGCUGGCUCUGCAGCCCUAGAUGGCGAUAGCAGUGGAGUGGGCGGAGGAGGAGUCACUGCUGCAACCGUGGCGGCAGCCGCAGCGGCUGCCCUGGCUAGUGCCACGGAGCUGCAUCCGCACUUCUCAUAAAUGGAGGAUAAAUGAAGUGAUUGUGUAUAAAGAGUUAAAGUUGAGCAGUUAUUACGAGUACGAUGAAGAAACUAAAUCUAAACAGAAUCAGGGAUUAUCAAAUGGAAGAAAAUUAUGUAAAGCACGAAAUCACACACCAUGCUCUCGGGAAAACGGAAUCAGUGUGCCAAAUUAAUUUUAGCAAACCAACAAACAAACAAACAAACAAACAAACAAACAAGAAAACAAAACAAAAUACGAAAAUGAAAUAGUGUUUUAAGAUGCCUAAAAAUUUCGAAAAAGGUGUUCGAGAGGACGAAAACAAUUUGUUGCAAAGCACAAACAUUUACGCCAUUUCACAUAUUAUACUUUUUUUUUGUUAUUUGUUAUUAAUUGUUUACACAAAACCGAUUUGAAAAUCUAUAAUUUCUACAACUUGGAGCAACCGUAAGAGCAACAGCAACAGCAACGUGAUCAGUAAAAUGAUUUUACACAAUACAAUACAAUUUUAAAAUUGCAACAUUCCACAAAACGAAAGAAGAAAGACAAAUCUUGUACAAUGAAACGGUUUAGGAUUAGUGAAAUAUAUAGUUUAGCCUAGCUCUACAUACAUACAUAUACCUAGACAUAGACAUAUACAUAUACAUAUAAAAAGGAUGUAUAGCCAGGGAGCAGCAGUAGUAGUAGCAGCAGCCAACUCAGUGGAUAUGUAAGAUGAAAAAGUAACGAGAACUCAGACCAUAUUAAGAUAUUACUAGGGAAAGGCACACGAACACGAGCCCAGAACGGUACUCGUUACCUUUACCUGUAGCCUGAUGCACGGCGUAAUGUGCGUGGAGUUUAACCGAUAGAUAUUCAUUCCAGAGCACCACCCUAGAUACAGUACAGACGUAAACAAUGCAUUAACCCUCAAUUUAUUGAACAGUUUAACAAUUAAAAAGUCCACGUGGGAAUACUUUAAAAAUCAUGGCAGAGCUUCUUUCUAGAUGCCUGUACAUGGAUCAACGGGAAGAAUCCUUUGGAAACCCAUAGUAAUUUAUAGCAGUGCCAAAACAGAUUCAGACCAGGUUCCCACACAUAAAGUCAGUCAGUCAAUCAAUCAGUCAGUCAGUCAGUCAGUCAGUCAGUCAGUCAGUCAGUAAUUAGCCUCUUUAAACAACAAUUUACCUCAAGUUGAAAUAUUUGCUAUUAUGACGAUGUCUUAGGCUAAACACAACAUGUACUAAGCUCAAAAACAUUUUAUAGGAGUUAGUGUAAGAGAGGGUGUGAGAGCGCGUUUGGUAGUCAACGAAGAAAGUGCCUUCACAAAUGGAUGGAAACCAGAAGCAAUUCGCGUAAACUGUAAUUUAAAAUCUACGAUAAGCAAACGUUCGUAACUGUGUAAAGCCAUAUAAAGUAGGUUAAGGCAGGAAUUUAAGUAAAAGUCAAGAGGAUGAGGAUGAGCAGGAGGUCAGGAUUUAAAUGGUCUUUAGACAUUUAAACUCAGGUACUUAGUUGGAGGUAGGGAACGGGAAUCCCAAUUCAAUAACUCAAACACAAAAGCAACAAAAGAUCAAGUAGCUGAGCUACUGAAUACAAGACAACGACAACCACAACAGCAACUACAGCACUACAUAAACGGAAACAACAAUCAACAAAACACCGCCACAAAUACGUCACAUGCACUUUAUUUAUUAUUUUUUUGAUACCUUAUUAAUACGAUACGAAUGUGUGCGAUAACUAAUAUAUUAAUCGGCACAUUCAUAAGUAGUCAAGCCUAAUUUAUUUUAUACCUUGCUUUCCACUACAACGAAAUACAUUCCAUAGAUGAUUUUAUUAAGCUUUAAUUACAACGACAACAACUCCAAACAUUCACAAAAACAGAUACGAACACCCAAACAGAAAUGUGCGGCCAGUAAAACUGUGCAACAAAAAUAUCUUCUAAAUGAAUAAUUAAAAAUUAAUUGAAAACGAAAAAACAGGAGGAGGAGCCGGAGACGGAGACGGAAACGGAGACGAUGGAAAAUCUCGAAUGCUUACAUACAUAUAAAAAAUACUUUCUUUAAGAAACUAAAACUCUUUAAAAAAAAA